AAUAAAAUUGUAAAAUUUAGGAAAAGAUAGAAAACAAAUCCAGAUUUUGGAAAUGAUAAUAAUUUUCAGGUGGAAGAAUUAAAAAAAGAAAGAAGGUGUGAGAUGAGAUGUUGCGAUAAAUUUAGAAACAUAAGUUAGUUUUGCUAAAAAUCCAAUCCUGAAAGAUAUAUGAAAAGAAUUGCCAAAAGAGAAGAAGAAGAAGAAGAAGAAGAAGAAGAAGAAGAAGAAGUGUUUUUUUAAAUCUCUUUCGUUGUAGUUUGUACCAUUCAUACUUAUUCACUGUUCACUGGAAAAGAAGAAAGAAGAAGCAGAAAUUUAUGUUAGUGCUGCCAAUCCCACGCCGCCACAUACAUCUACUUCUUCAUAUCUCAGCCGCUCGAUCCAAUUAAUCCUCAUUUUUCAAUUCAUCCUAUCCAUCGUUUCAUCAUCGUCAUCGCUGAUCGAUGGUGAAUCUGCUUCUAUGCAGCUGGGUUUGAGUGGAAUACAAUUUGGGGUUUAUUUGAAUGAUAUGGAAUCAAGAGCAGUCGCCUUGAGUCAGGUGUUCGGUUUUCUUGAUUCUUCUUCUGAAUCGGUUUGAGAAUUUUGUUGUUUGGGUGCUGUUGCGAUAAACCCUAAUUUUCUUUGCCAGUUUAGAAUUGGGGUUAUAUAUAUAUAUAUUUAAAAAAAAGGAGCAAUUUUUUGGUUUUCUUUUAUCGUUUGAUGAACUAGGAUUGAUGGGGUUAAGGCUAAGCUUGAUGAAAUUUCGUGAAUUUUUUUCACUGUCUGUAUAGCGAAAUCAAUCGGGGGUUUAUUGUUUUUCGACUGGGUUUAUUUGGUUUGAGAGAAUUGGGGUUUUCUCUAUGGAUUCUUCUUCGGCGGUGCUUUUUAGCCUUUGAUGAAUUAAAGGAUGUGUUGUGAGGGAUUUGCUGUUGGAAAAGGGUGGAUUGAUCUUUCUGGGUUUGUUCAUCUGGGACAGAGUUGAUCUCGUGCUUUGAGGUAAUUUGAAUUUUAUGGUGGCAUUGGGGUUUCUUCUAACCUGAGGCCGCUAAGUUUCGGGUAAAAUAGGGGGUUUUCCUUUUCCUUUUUUGUUUUCUUGAUAAAUUUGUAAUGGGUGAUGAAAUGUUUGAUGCAAUGAACCUUGACUUGAAUCUGGGUCCUAUUCCAGAGCCGCUUUCGAAUUCGGUUCCAAAUGAAGAUGUCAAUUUAGCUGAUUUGACUGAGGAACCCGUUCAUAGAUUUGGGGAAACUAUCAGGUUUAGGACGAGACAACGGUGGAGAAGGCGUCAAGUCCAAAUCCCUCCUGAGACUCAGAAUAUCACUAUGGAAUUGAGUGAAAUCAUGGUCAAUUCAGGCAAUGGGAAUUCAUUACAGCCAUUACAACCUGGUGAGGGUAGUAUUACUGCUGAGGAAAGGAAAAACGAGACAGGGAAAACUUGUGAAAUUAACAAUGAAGCUUUGGAAGAUGAAAAAACAGAGAAUAAGAGUGAUGUUGAAAAGGGCAGUGACUCUGAUGGGAGUUUCUUUGAUUGCAAUAUAUGUCUGGAUUUGGCUAGAGACCCCGUUGUAACUUGUUGCGGUCAUCUAUACUGCUGGCCAUGCCUUUAUCGAUGGUUACAUCUACAUUCAGAUGCCAAGGAAUGUCCUGUAUGUAAAGGAGAGGUUACUACAAAAAAUGUGACGCCAAUUUAUGGGCGUGGCAGCAAUACACCUGCGACAGAGGAGGAUGCUACACUUAAGAUUCCUCUAAGACCUCAUGCUCGAAAGGUUGAAAGUUUGAGGCAAACCAUCCAAAGGACUGCAUUUAGUUUCCCCGUGGAGGAUAUGAUUCGACGAUUAGGAAACAGAUUUGAUUUCAAUCGUGAUCUAGACCAACCGCCAGAGCCAGACAGCUCAAAUGAAACCUUCGGUAGAUCUCCAACAUUGUUGAAUAGGAUUUUAACAUCCAGGGGCAUUCGUAGAGAACAAAUUUCAUUGCCUCAUGAUGAUGUAGGAGAUUUAGCACACACUGAUGUGUCUAGCAUUGAGACAGGGGAAACACGUCUUCAAUCUCUCCCAGUGCUUCGAUCAUUACUACACCGGACACGAGUUUCUUCUCUUGCUUCUGCGUUUAAUUCUGCUGAUAGGCUUCCAGAGGGUUUUUUGUAUACGGAUCCGCUCAUUCCUAGAAGUCAAGAGCAGCCUCCUCCACCUGUUGAGGAUAGAGAUUCUUUCUCUAGUAUUGCUGCUGUCAUCAAUUCAGAGAGUCAAAUGGAUACUGCUGUAGAAAUUGAUUCCAUGGUUUCCAUUUCAACAUCAUCCUCCAGAAGGAGAAAUGAUGCUUUACAAGUUUCGGAUGUAGACAGUGGAAACUCUCGGGCACCCAGACGGAGAAGAUUAGCUUGAGAAGAUUAUCUGGGUCCUAAGAUCCAUAAAUGAAUGAGGGCUAUAAUAUUUCAACACCUAUGUAAGUGCUACUUGGAUCUUCUAUUUACUUUUUCACUCAGCAAAAAGAAUUUAACUCUUGCUUCGAUGAUGGACUAUUACAUGGUCCAUAUUCAACGGUCUUCAUUUUACUGCUUAUUGUACGUGAAUUGAAAUGUUGGCAUACUUCUUGAACAUAUUGAGAAGCAAAUAAGUAAAUCAAGUAGAUUAUUUUUCCUUUUUUUC